AACAUUUACGAAUCGAUUUUAGAGCUUUUACUAGUGAUGUGUAGCCUUAGAUAUCAGAAGAUUUACUUGGGCGUUUGAGCCGACAACAACAACAACAACAAAACAAAACAUCUUAAUCUUUAAGUGGAUAGUGUCACACUUCAACAAGACCAGAUACUUUAAUGCUCGGAAAAAUUCACUUAGUCAAUCCGGUCCCAGGUUUCUGACAACACUGGUACCUUAAAAGUGAGACAAGAUGGCGUGCAUAGACAUGGAUGUGAUCAGGGAGCUGCCUGGCUACAAGGUCAUACUGAAAGCAGUUCUCAAGGCACAGAUCCAGCAACUGAUUGACCAGCUGGCAGCGUGUACUGAUGAGGAGUCCGUUAUCCUGACAGCCAGCGUGUCUGAUGGAUCUCUCAGCCACCUCGGGUCAGAGUCUGGAAAAUCUUUCCUCCAGGAAAAUGAUGAUGUCAAGUCCAAGUUUCUUGGAUACUGCCUGAAAAGGUUCCAUGUGAAGGCGCAACAGGAAAGAGAACAGCCUUUGCGAUCGUACGGACUGGUCCAUCAGUCACGUCGGACCCAUCAUCAUGUGGGCGCGACACGGGCCAAUACCCGAACAUUCCAAAGACACCAGCCAUACCCUAGCAACAGGAAGGCCUUCAAGUCAGCCAGUGAGAGCCCAGUAGUUCCUCUUGCAAUUGUGGCCAACACUGCCAGAGAUGCUAAAGAGACCAAAUCUUCUGCCCCAGCUACUGAAGGUGCAGAACUUGAUAAGGAUGCUGGUACUGUGUCCCUGGAUUCUGAAGAACAGUCUGAUGCAAAUGAAUCCCAUUUCCCUGAGAAUGAUACACAGAGUAACAAUGCAACAAAGGUGGACGAACAACUUGUCAAGGCAGAUAACUCUGCUGGUGAGGAAGGUGAUAACGAUGACAGUGUUGUGGGUGUCAGUGUGAAGAUCGAGUCCGGGGUGGACUCUAUGCAGGACCAGCCUGCGCAGGACUCAGGCUGGGACCCGGAUGAGUCUUUGGACCUGGCUCAGUAUUCGGCAGAGGCCUCUCGUAGCUCACCAGGGCAGGCCAUGGAGGAUGCUAUGGCUCAUCACAGCAAUACAGGUAUACCAGACGGUACAGACCAGUACCCCUACGCCACCCCAGUGAAUGUGGAGGACCUCACCUGCGCCUACUGCUACAAGGUGUUCCCCCACAAGGGCAACCUGAGGAGACACAUACGUAUACACGAGGGUAUCAAGCCCUUCAAGUGUGAAUUCUGUGACAAGAGAUUCAGUGAUGCAAGCAACUGCAAGAAACACGCAGUCGUGCAUUUGUUGGAUUCAAACAGCUUUUGAUUCUUCACAAGGGACUUGUUCACAGUUUGGCGAAUAGACUAUUUACAAAAUAAUGUCAUAGAUUCAAAAUUCAAAAAGAAUGUAUACAUUAUGUAAAAACAGGCAAAAUAGCAAAAAAAAGUCAAUCCUUACUAAGAAAAAUCUUAAAUUAUUUGGUUCAUUUAUGGAUGAUCAUCAUUCGACAUCAUUAAACUAAUAACGUUUGUAAAGCUUUUCCUGGAUACUUUUGAAAAUAAAUAGUUCUAACACUG